AUGCGUGCAAAAUUUCUCGAUGUCCGUACUGAUAGCGUUGCUGAAUUCCGGACCACUCUUCCAAAAGCUCUUAACUUCUGGAGGGAUUCCUGGCUAUCCAUAUUGGCUAUGGAAGGUAAACUACCUGGAAUCGCUGCCUCUGAUCAAAGCAUACCGGGAGAACAGUUUGAAGGUGGACUCCGAAUUGAUGAGAAGCAUCAGGCGGGCGGCAAGAGAGAGUCACAUGUCAUCGUCCUCUCCCAACAACCAGUGUGCCGAACUAAGACGAAGGUUAGCUACGUGUCCCUGGGAUUCUCUGAAAUCGAUCUUGCCACUUGUUACCUUGCGCAAGUGCUGAUCGCGCCGAAUGGAGAUGUUAUCAACCACCGCCGUAAGAUCAAGCCCACCCAUGUCGAAAAGCUCGUCUUCGGCGAUGGAACAGGAGACAGCUUCAUGUCAGUUUCAGACACGCAGAUCGGCCGACUCGGGCAACUGAACUGCUCGGAGAAUUUCAAUCCAUUUUUCAAAUCCCUAAAUGCCGCCUGCGGCGAGCAGAUCCACGUUGCCGCAUGGCCACUUGGCCCUGGAGAAAGCAGUAGGAAGGGCCCCGAUCCGAAGACAAAUACCGGAGAUGCAUGGGCCGACCAGAUCACCCCGGCAUAUGCAAUGGAGGCUUGCACUUGGACUUUGGCGCCGUUCCAAAUCAUUAGCAAGGAAGGUGCAAAGAAGAAUACGCCACCCGGGGUCGAGGUUGAAGCGAAUGUUGAUCAUUACAAUGGAUUCUCCCGUAUUUAUGCUCCUGACGGAACCUGCGUGGCCAAAGCAGACAAAGACUUUGAGGGGCUUCUAGUUGCGGAUAUCGACCUGAACGAGACGCACUUGCCUAAAGCUAUCAAUGACUUUGGUGGUGCCUACAUGCGAUCUGAUCUUAUACGGCUACUGGUGGAUACACGACGGAAAGAGCUCAUGACGGAGACAGGCCCAGAUGGAAGCAUCCUGGCCUACUCCACACGUGAGAGGCUGGGAUUGCAUUUGCCUCUGGACGAGUCGAAAUCCAAGAAUGAGGAAGCUAGUCUGGUCUCCGCAUCGAAGGGUGUUUGA